AUGCACUGCGGAAUGGAGGUCGUGCUUCCUCGCGGAGAACUGAUGCGGACUGGUAUGGGCGCAAUGUCACAACCAAAGAAACCCGAUGAACCAGCUGUUCCAUUACAUGAGGAUCGUCCCAAUAAAUGCUGGCAACUAUUUCCCUGCGGCUUUAGGCCAUCUAACGAUGGGCUAUUCUCUCAGAUUAGUUUGGGCAUAGUAACAAAAAUGGGAUUAUGGCUCAUGCCAAACCCUGGAGGAUAUCAAUUCUAUCUCAUCACAUUCCCCAGAGAUGAGGAUCUUCAUCAAGCUACUCGUAAAUAUGCUCCCCUUUUAAUUCCCCAUAUUAUUUUAGAUGCUGCUGUCCUGGGAAUAAACGCGGACUACACAUCGACAAAAGGGCCCCUUGACAAUGAUGAGCUUGACGUGAUUGGCAAGCGCCUGAAUCUCGGCCGAUGGGACUUCUAUGGGGCUUUGUAUGGUCCUGAACCAACUCGGAAUGCUCUUCGAGGUAUCAUCAAAGGUGCUUUUUCGGUCACCAAGGGAGCAAAAUGCUACUUUCCGAAUGAUAUAAAGGAGAACUGUGUGUUAUAUACCAGAGACAAAAUAUUCCAAAGAAUCCCAACCUUCGAGGAGCUGAAGUGGGCUGACUGGGUUCCUAAUGGUGCUUAUUUAUUCUUCUCGCCUAUCAGCAAGUUUUCCGGUGAUGAUGCAAUACUUCAGUAUUUUGUUACAAAGAAGCGAGUCCGGGAAGCAGGGCUGGACUUCAUAGGAACUUUUACGGUUGGUAUACGAGAGAUAAGUAAGUAA